GAUAUCCCUUUAAGAGCAACUGGGACAUAGCGGUGCAAGAAAAGGAGAGGAGGGGGAGAAGAAAGAGGAUUUAAAAAGAAAAGGAAGAAAGAUACAUGGAGGGAGGAGGGAGAGCGAGCAAUAAAAAAAGAAAGAUGACAUCCUCGCAAUUGAACAGCCGAGGUGGAGCGAUAGGCUGCGUCCCGGCGCGAGCGCUCUUAGCUUAGGGUCAGGGCUUGAAUCCAACAACGAGGCUUCGACAAAACAAGCGAUUGGCCUGUUGGGGGAAAUCGGAAGAAUAGAUUCAUAAAUUAAAAUAAUGAACUGCUACUCUUUCGAAUGCGUUUAUUGUAACACUGAUAGUAGUUGUCAUUGUGUGUAAAUGUAUUACUUUUAAUUUUAAGAUCGACCUAUUAUAUGACUACGGCUAUAUAAAUAACAUUGAUUUUGUGCGCACAGAUAUUUGGUUUCACAGUCAUCAAUGCCAAGAGAUAUGCAUUCCUUAUGCUUUGAUAAAAUUAAAGUUUGAAACCAAAGUCAAAGAUAAAUAGGCCACUAUUGGAGCUGGUAAUUCCACUCAGGCAGUCAGCCUAGACGAAACGCCUGCGUGAAUUUGAAUAGCUUGAAUACGCCUGUUAGAUAAAUAUUUUUACAAUGUACAUUUUUGAUAGUUGCAUGUCCCUUUCGGAUGAUCAAUAGCAUACUUUUCUUGUUGCAUUUGAAUACUGUCAACAUAGAUCUUCUCGCCACAAUCAUCAACAGUGCGAUUAAAUAUUAUGUCAACGGUUUACUGUCGAAUCGCCAUCAGGAUUACUUAGCUGAUUUUAUACUCUUCAUCGCUUUGGUGCAAAAUGGAUGCUGCUUGGAGCAAUUUUCUCUUCCAGACUACUCCCACCCAAAACCAAGUGGAGGGGACCCUCCAAUCAGAACUCUUACCAGUCCAUAUGGCCUCUCCUCAGACCCCUCCCACAGAGCACAUAGUCCAUCCUCCUUCCACGGUGGACACUGCUGCCCUCAAUGAAGAACCCUUACCUGUGAAGACGGUGUCCCGGCCUGCCCGUGUGCCCCACAUCUGUGCCAUAUGCAGCAAGCAGUUCAAGAACAACUACAACCUGCGGCGGCACCAGUCGGUCCACACCGGGGUACGCAUGAAGCGAGCAGGGGAGCAGGAGGAGGGGGCAAAGGAGGGUGGCAAUGGUGCCGGCCCAGCGCAGGUGGUGUCGGGAGGUAGGACGGAGAGGUACACGGUCCCCCUCACCCUGCUCCACCUCUCCGUUCCUCCCCCUCUCCCCCCUCCCAGCGUGCUGGCGUCCCAGCAGCCAGCUGUGGGUAGUCAGGAUGGCGAAGAGGUUGCCAUGGCAAGCGUAGUGGCUAGCGUUAACCCCCAUGCUCCUCCUGCAGCUGUUGACAUGGGGGCGGGGGCGACAGCACAGCGGCCAUCGAACCCAAACCCUGUGCGGAAGAAUCACGCUUGUGAAACGUGCGGGAAGGCCUUCCGAGACGUGUACCACCUUAACCGACACCGUCUCUCCCACUCGGAUGAGAAACCCUUCUCCUGCCCCAUCUGCCAGCAGAGGUUCAAGAGGAAGGACCGCAUGAGCCACCACGUGCGCUCUCACCAAGGUGGUGUGGAGAAACCCUACGUGUGCCCCCACUGUGCCAAGGCUUUCUCCAGGCCCGACCAUCUCAACAGUCACGUCAGACAAGUCCACUCUUCUGAACGACCCUUCAAGUGUCCGGUACUUGAUACGUGCGAAUCCAGCUUCGCCACGAGGGACCGGCUACGCGCCCAUAUGAUCCGCCACGAGGAGAAGGUCCCGUGCCACAUAUGCGGCAAGCUCCUGUCUGCUGCCUACAUCACCGAUCACAUGAGGGUCCACAACCAAUCGCAGCACCACGCCUGCCAUCUCUGUAACCGCAGCUUCACCACUCUGACCUACCUGCGCGUCCACGCCCAGAAGCACCACGGCCAGGAGUGGAAGGAGAGCGCUGGCAUCUUCGGCGGCACGGGCUCCGGCGGUGUCCUUGUGUGCCAGCUGUGCGGGGUGCACUGCAAGACCCCCACCCAGCUGCAGGGCCACAUGGGCACCCACAGCACAGGGGUCCAAGGGGGAUCUCCCAGCCCUGUCACCUCUAGUGGGGCAUCCAGCUCCUCCAUGUCCCUUGGCAACAUGGUGUCCGCCCCAAACUUCUACAUCAGCGGCAACACGGUGGUGGACCUGCUAGUGUCGGAUUGCUCCAGCAUCCAGCCUCAGUCCCACAGUUAGCAGAGUGGAGCCUCAUUUGAACCACAGCCCCUUGAGUCCCUAAGUCCUAAAGUGAGAGGUUAGGAGGACAAAGGGGGCUUGCUUAGGGGAGAGCCACAGUAAAGAAUGUGGCUACUCAAAGUCCCAUAGCUAGUGGAAAAGGGGGAAAGGGACAGAGCGGGCUGGCUUAGGGGAGACAGAGGCAGAGAGAAAGUAUGCGAGAACAGUUAGGAGAAUGUGGCGAGAGGGGGGGACAUAUGUCCCGUACGCUGCUGAUACGAUGACCCGAGACAACGACAAAUACUAAAGUGAGUUCCCCCAACGUGGCUGAACUUUCUUGCACUUUCAGGACUCCUAUGACUCCUCCUAUAUGUGGUCUUGUGUGCGUCUACUCUAUCCCUCUCCCUCCCUUCUUCCACCCUUGGUCUCCCUCAGUCCCAGCAACUACUCCCCUCUGCUAGUAAUGUGUAUGUCAGAAACACUUUCCUUUUGUCUCCUUUUUGUCGCUCUCUUUUCCGAGCCUUCAAAAGAAAGGCUUGUAGUAAGAAGUUGGGGGAUGAUAUAAAAGAGUAACAGGGAAAUUAUCUUACAAAAGGUUGCGUAUAUUAGUAGGAUAUUCUGAAAGAGAAUGAAAAGUUGAGGGGGAGAAUAGCACAUAAGUCAGGGGCUGCUACCUUCCAGAAAUGGACAGGAGUAGACACUGUGUAUAAAUUGUGUUAUCACAGAGUAUGUCUGUUUUAAAUAGGGCCAACGAUGUAUCUGGAGGUUAGCCCAUACUGUAAUGGUGAUUCUGAACAGUGUACUUCAUCUAUUUGUUUCAGGUACAGUAGAGAGAGAAAAAAACAUUGGUAAAGUUGAGUUAAGGAGUAUCAAGCACCUUACAAAUGUUGAUGUUUAAUUUCACCGAAGGUUCAGACAGGUAUUUGCUCUGCGUCUUCCUCUCUGGGCACGGCCACAUUUUAAUGCUCAUGACUGCUACUGUACAGCCAGGCUCAUGACACAGUUCACUUGCACCUAAAACACCAUUUGCAUGAAAGUGAAACUAAGACAACUUUUUGCUUUUAGGAAAAGUAAAGUUAUCAUGCUUACAAGAACGUUAGCCGCAGUCCCCCUUACACUACAGAUCAAGUGGCCAUUGAUUCAGUCAAAUUAAUUGUACCCAUGUCUGCCAUUUUCUUUGUUCGUAACUGUCAUUGCCAUAGUCUCCUUUGUUUUGUUCCUUGUACGAGUUCACAUGAUAAACUCAUUCAUUCGAAUUCUAGACACCACCAUGUACAGUGGGGCAAAAAAGUAUUUAGUCAGCCACCAAUUGUGCAAGUCCUCCCACUUAAAAAGAUGAGAGAGGCCUGUAAUUUUCAUCAUAGGUACACUUAAACUAUGACAGACAAAAUGAGAAGAAAAAAUCCAGAAAAUCACAUUGUAGAAUUUUUAAUGAAUUUAUUUGCAUCUUUUUAAGUGGGAGAACUUGCACAAUUGGUGGCUGACUAAAUACUUUUUUGCCCCACUGUAUAUGCACACAGCGUUCUGAUCACAACUCAUAUUAUGACUUACUGCUCCCCAUGAAUCUGAGAAAAAUCACUUUUCCUCAGAUAAUUUUGGUUGUUAGACUUUUUCAGUGGUUAAGGUGUGAUGUCAUGGAAGGGCUUUAAAUGUCAAAGGUCAGGUUGAGAUAAGUAUAUCCAGGUACUACUUGUGUUCUGUGCCCCACCCCUGGUAUGCUUUCAACAAGUCCUGGUUUUGUACUGAAGUGCUUCAUUUCAUCUGUUUAGUGUUGGUAUGUUAGCUUGAAAAAAACUUUUUCUUCCUGUUGAGAAAAGUAGUGAUUUAAUCAAAGUUAUUUUAGGGUUCCCGCAUUAAGCAAAACAAAUUAUAUUUUUAAACUAUAUUCUAUGAACCUGUACAGCUCUUGCGAUACAUCUUAAUGCCUUAUUGUACUCAACUGCGUUUUAAUUAUUUUAUUCUGAACUAUUUAAAAUCUUAGUCAUGGAUUUAUUAAGGACAUUAAUGGGAUGUAUUUAUAUUUUUAUAUUUCAACAGUAUGCAUGUUUAUGAACAGUUGUUGGAGCCAAACCAUUUUUGACGCUUACCACGAUCAUGAAUAUUAAGUUAUUAUUUUGUAGAUGAAGUAGAGAUCAUGUUAUUUUGUAAUGUUUACUAUUAAAAGUAAAACGACUAAACAGA